AAUUCAGCCCUAAUUUUGCUCUUGUACUAUUUCUCUUUCCCAAAGAGAAAGGUGUCAUCUCUGAUCUCUCAACCAUGAACAACUCGGGCAUGUCAAAAGACAAACGUGGGCCUUGGUACUCGAGCUGCACAGGCGUCUUCUGGCUCGUCGAUGAAAUUGAAACCGGAGCCCCUAGUUCUCAAUUGAUUUAUUGUUAUGUCCGAUCAGCUCUGCAGAGAAUGGGUUAUCUUGGUAGUCAGAUGACAAUCUGGGCUUUUGGUCCUAAGGAGCAGAGCUUGGAAAGUGCUUCUGAUAUCACCUUCUCAUACGAAGCCAUCGAAGAUAAAGACAAUAGAGUUCAUAAGAUGUUAUUUCGCAUUAUUACAUAUGGAGCUUGCUAUUCUGAUGAGGAAGGAAGAAGUGUGAUGGUUAUCACAAAAAGCCCCCCAAAAGAAGACGACGAGUUGCUCAGGGUUCUUCGCGCUUUGGAAACCAGAGGUUACGAUGUUCUCUUGGUUCAGCCUCCUCAUGAUGAUGAUGAGGCACAUGUAUUUUCUUCUCCAGACUCAAUCUUUAAGUGUACUACAUUCUUAGAUGGUUCAAGUCCUAUCGACUUUGACCUUCCCGGUGAAGAAUCUAGCGUUAGCUGGGAAACUGUUUCUUCUGAUCCGGAGAACCUAGACGACGAGUCAAACACCUCUCAUCUCUCAACCAUGAACAACAACUUGGCCAUGUCAAAAAUAAAAAGUGGUGAGAGUAAUUACACACGCGUCUUCUGGAACAUGGACGAUUACCCAAUCCCUAAAGAUAUCAAGCCUAGAUUGAUUUAUAAGACCAUUCUAUCAGCUCUUGAGAGAAUGAGAUGUAAUUGUUAUAAGUUCGAAAUCUUGUCUUAUGGUGAGAAGAUAGACCAAGACGAUGACGAGUUAGAUGAAUAUUACGAAGCUGGAAUAUUGUACCUCAACCACAACUUUCCAGAUAAUCAAUUGUUACGGGAAAUGGUUUUUGGAUGCUCAAAGUCCAGUAAACCAUUAAAUUUGAUGGUAAUCUCUAAAAGUAUCCCUCAAGACAAGGAGUCCAGAAGAAUCCUGUGGGCUUUGAAAUCAAGAGGUUACAAUGUUCUCUUAGUACAGCCUCAGCCUGAAAGCAGCCAAGAGUUAUUUCUUCAUGAUGAUCCAGACCUGCUAUGUUGUUCUACAUAUCUAUUAGACGGACGAAAGGCUAUGGACCAAAGUGGAGGAGCCUCAUCUUCUUCUUCACUAGUUGCCAAUACUUCUCGCUCCAACUGCCAAGAUUUCUCCGAGCCUAUCACACAUGUCUCAGGGACUAAGACAGGCAUCUUCUGGGACAUCAACGAGUGCCCAUUCCCCUAUGGUCUUGAUCCUGAAACCAUAUUUGAUAGAAUCAAAUUGGCUCUUGAGGAUCAUGGUGUUUUUGAUGGUGUGAUAUCUAUAUGGGCUUAUGCUGAAAGGAUACCACCGUUCUCGGAUGAAAUGCUAGAUACCUAUCACAAAUCAAGAAUCUAUUUCGUUCCCCAAGUUCCCGGGGAUAAAACUGCAAGAGUUCUUAGGAUGGUACAUGAUACUGAAUUAUGGAACCUGGACUUUCCUGUAGACUAUCCUCAACAAUCAAAUCUGAUCGUAAUCUCAAAUGACAUCAGCAAUCAAGGAUUUAUUGGCUUGACCACUUUUCUUAAAACUAUGGAUGAAAAUGGUUACUAUACUUUCUUAGUACAGCCUGUGGAUAUUGCUCAAGAAAAGCUCACUGCCCCAGACUGGCCAAGAGGUAUAUUAGAUAAAGCUUUUGAUUUCAGCAAAAGAGAAAUAUUUAAAAAGGCGCGGAGGAAGAGGACUCCUCUCUAG